AUGCGCCGUUGUUAUAUACUCCCGUACAAUUUUUGCGCAACAUAUAUGCGCGUGACAUGGGUUCGUACGUCUCCAUCAUCAUCAUCAAUUCGCACAAUGUCAUCAAUGACGAGAUAUGUCCUCGGCUUUCAGUCGAUUCCCGUGAUGAUAGCGGGCAUCCAAGCCAUCUUCUUUCGCAAUGCAGCUACAGCACCCGGCCAAGUCUUGGAGGCUGUGCCUCAAACAGGGCUUCAUAUCUUUGGUCUUAGUUCCCUCACACUUGGUCUCAUCCAGCUUGUCUUAGCUCUGCGAGCACCUCCCAGUACACAGCGAGAUGUGCUGUACGCCAUGGCGCCGACAAAGGCUUUGGCGACGUACCUCAUGUGGAGCGAUGGACAUGUAGGUGUUGCCACAUGGGAAGCUAUUAGCGGCAUCGUUUAUUGUAUUUUAUAG